AUGAGGAGGUGUGUCGCCUCACUCAACAGGCGGGUCUGGGCAGAGUCGUGUCGCCGAGACCGAGCCUGGCGUGUCGGAGCAUGCGCGAGGGCACUCACCACUGAUGCAGCUCGCGAGCAGGGCGCCACGGCUCGCGCGUGGUGGGCGGGCUCCCUCGCGGUGGGGGCAUCUUUCGGCCUCGGGGCGUGGUACCUGGCCACCCACCCUGGGCCUGCCCUCGCCAAGGACGUCUCCAGCCUCCCGGAGUACAGCAAGGAGGAAGUCGCCAAGCACCGCACCCCCGAGGACCGGGUCUGGGUGACUUACAAGGAGGGGGUGUACGACAUAACCGACUGGGUAGACAUCCACCCUGGGGGCAAGGCCCGGCUCAUGAUGGCCGCCGGGUCCGCCAUCGACCCCUUCUGGUCCAUGUACCAGCAGCACAACACGCAGCAAGUGCGGGACAUCCUGGAGGGGUACCGGAUAGGCAGUCUGGAGGGGGGCGCGCCACCUCCGCCGGAGGACCCCUACGCGGACGACCCCAAGGACAGGCUCCCGGCGCUCAUCGUGCGCAGCGCGCGUCCCAUGAAUGCAGAGCCGCCGCGCGAGCUCCUCACCGGCUCCGUCAUCACACCCACCGAGGUGUUUUACAUCAGGAACCACCUCCCCGUCCCCAGGAUCGAUGAGGCCCAGUACAGCCUGCGCAUCGAGGGGCAGGGCAUCAAGACGCUGGACCUGUCCCUGGACCGGCUGAAGGCCGAGUUCCGGAAGCACACGGUCACCGCCACGGUGCAGUGCUCCGGCAACCGCCGCAACGACUUUUACGCAGUCAAGGACGUCAAGGGCCUGGAGUGGGGCGGCGCGGCCAUCGGCACCGCGGUCUGGGGCGGCGUGCGCCUGGGCGAGGUCCUGCAGGCCGCGGGUCUGGACCCCGGCGCGGAGGGCGUGCGGCACGUGCAGUUCUUCGGCGCCGACGCCGAUGGCGCGGGGCAGGCCUACGCGGCCUCCAUCCCCGUGCACCGCGCGCUGGACCCGCGCGCCGACGUGCUGCUGGCCUACGAGAUGAACGGCGCGCCGCUGACGCGCGACCACGGCGCCCCCCUCCGCGUAAUCGUCCCCGGCACCGCGGGGUGCCGUUCGGUCAAGUGGGUGACUAAAGUCGUGCCCAGCGGGGAGGAGGCGGACUCGCUGUGGCAGCGCCGCGACUACAAGGCCUUCUCCCCCAGCGUGGGCUGGGACGAGGUGGACUGGGACUCCGCCCCGGCCAUCCAGGCCAUGCCCGUGACCUCGCUCAUCUGCGAGCCCGCCCCGGGCGCGCGCGUGGAGCCGGAGGACCUAGUGACGGUCAAGGGCUACGCCUGGAGCGGGGGCGGGAACCGCGUCAUCCGCGUCGACGUCACCGCCGACGGCGGCGCCACCUGGCACACCGCCGAGCUGGAGGGGGUGGAGCAGGAGGAGGGGCGCAACUGGGCCUGGGUGCUGUGGAGCGCGGAGGUGGAGGUGCCGGGGACGCCGGGCGAGGUGGAGAUCGCGGCGAAAGCCACCGACGCAUCCUACAACACGCAGCCAGAGGCGCCGGGGCCCAUCUGGAAUCUGCGCGGCGUUAAUUGCAACUCCUGGCCCCGCAUCCGCAUCGUGGCGGAGGAGGCACAGUAG